AAUUACAUAUCAUAACCUUAAACGUCAUCAAUUAUAUUUACAAUGUAAAAAAAUUAUUAUUAAGUUUCUUUUACGUGUAAUUAUAUUUUUGAGUUGUUGAAAAUCUAACUCUAUUUACAUUUUAUUGAAGUAGAAGUAGUGUUAUGAUUGAAAGAACAAAUCAAUUAAUUAAUAGAACUGAAUGAUUUAAAAGAAAAACAAUAGAAUUGUCAUGGAUUUAUGGAAAGAUGUACUAAAUAGUCCUACCAAAAUAGUGGCACCUAUGGUGGAUGCCAGCGAAUUAGCCUGGAGGAUUUUAAGCCGAAGAUAUGGAGCAGAAUUGUGCUAUACUCCUAUGUUACACAGUAACAUAUUUGCUAGGGAUCCGAAGUAUAGAAAAGAGGCUCUAGCUACCAGUGAUGAAGAUAAACCCUUAAUAGUCCAAUUUUGUGGAAAUGAUCCGUCCAUCAUCCUUCAAUCAGCAAAAAUGUGUGAGGAUUUUUGUUGUGCUAUUGAUAUAAAUUUAGGCUGUCCUCAAGCAAUAGCUAAAAGGGGGCAUUAUGGUGCUUUCCUUCAGGAUGAAUGGCCACUAAUUGAAAAUAUUGUACAGACAUUGAGUAAAAAUUUGAAGAUACCAGUCACUUGUAAGAUAAGAAGAUUUGAAACUAUUGAAAAAACAGUGAAAUAUGCUCAGAUGCUAGAGAAAGCAGGAUGUUCUAUGCUAACUGUACAUGGACGCACCAGGGAAAUGAAAGGACCUUUGACAGGUAUUGCUGAUUGGUCAUAUGUGACUGCAGUUAGGAAAGCUGUAAAUAUACCUGUGGUAUCCAAUGGUAACAUUCAAUGCAUUCAGGAUUUACACAGAUGCAUGGAAGAAACGGGUGCUGUAGGUGUUAUGACAGCAGAAGGGAAUCUUUACAAUCCAGCACUAUUUAUGGGAAUGAAUCCACCAGUUUGGGAUCCUGCCGAAAAAUAUUUGGAUUUAGUAGAGCAAUACCCAUGUCCCUUAUCAUAUGUUCGGGGUCAUUUAUUCAAGCUUUUCCAACACUUAUUAUCUUUACCUGAAAACAACCAAAUAAGAAUACGGUUAGGUGAAGCUAACUCCCUAGGACUGUUUAGUCAAAUUGUUGAAGAGCUCAAAAAUAAAUACCUACCCUUCAAUCAAGGUCUUGAAGUUUGGCCAUUUACUACUGAAGAAGGCAGUCAGAAUUUGAUUUUACCUCCUUGGUUAUGUCAAUCUUAUGUACGAAGGAAUGUUGAAGAUCACAAGAAGAAAGUCGAAGAAAAUAGUGAGUCGGAAGAUAUUUCUGAUCCCCAUAAAAGACAAUAUCAAGAUGCAGAUGGUAAUCCCAUAAGUAGGAAAAAGAUGAAAAAAUUGAGAAGAAUAAGUAGGCGACCAGAAAAACAUGUUGUUUUUGAAAAAUCUUUAUUCAAAUGUAGCAAUUGUGUGAAUCCUAUGGGUUCGAAAUGUAAUUACCAGCUCUGUAAAAAAUGUUGCAAAGAUAAAUGUUUUUUGGAAGAAAUGGAUUGCCCAGGUCAUCGGAUUUUAGUAAAAACAAGAAGAAAUAUGGCGAAAUAUUAUGCAGCAAAAAGGAUUGAACUGAAUACCUAAGAAAUUAUAUUUGUGAAUAUAUACCAACUCUUUGAUUACUACAACAAUAUAUUUUCAUUUUGAA